CCAGAAUGUCGACCAAUAACCAUAACCAGACCUUUGGCAAAAGAUCAAGAAGCGGUUGCUGGACUUGUCGCAGACGGCACCAAAAAUGUGAUGAAAGAAAACCCGCCUGCUGGAACUGUCGCUUGCAUGGGGUGAAAUGCGGAGGUUAUGGCAUCGCUCUCGGGGACUUUACUGCCUACAGCGGCCGUAAAGGUCAGAUGGUGUCACGGUUAAGGAGGAAUGGUCCCGGUGGUGACUCUGGCGAUAGCAAUACACGCAACCAGCCGAGAAGGCAACCACAGCCUCGGAUCAACUCGGACGAUAUGGGAAUAAUGACUCAUGUUGCAAAUGAGGUGCUUCUCCAACCAAUAUCCCCUUCCCAGACUUCAGAAUCGGCCUCUCCAAGGCAGCCGGUCCCAUCAUUCGACUGCAACUCCCCCAAUCCGUCACCACAUCCUGACACAGCACCAUACCCUGCAAUUAUCCCAGAGACCAUUCAGUCAUGGGCCGAGGGAGACAAUCAGAUUGUCGAGAAUAAUCAAGAAGAACUUAGUCCACAGAUGGCCAUGUUCAUCGAUGAGCCGGCACCACAAGCACCACCGAGGGACCCUUUCGACCAGCACCUUUAUUGCCAUUAUAUGAAUAUAUUGGCAUUGCGACUGUAUCCGGUCAAGUCAGAUCAAAACCCAUAUCGAGUGGUAUACGGAACACUUGCGACCGAAUCCAAGCCGCUGCUCAAGGCGAUCCUCUUCGCCUCUGCCUUGCAUCUUUCGAAACUUGGACAGCUACCCAACUUUGCCAUUAAGCCCUAUCGAAUGGCAAUGAGAGACUCCUUUCGCGAUGCCCUGACGCGAGAAGACGAGUCUUGGGCUCUCGGUGCGACGGUCCUACUUUCAGUCAUUUUCGAUGUUAUCGGGACUGGGUUGGAUGCAUGGAGCUCCAAACUGAUCGGCUGCCGUCGGCUGCUCGAGCGGGCCUUUCUCAGGUCCAACGGCCAAGUGCAUGCCGGACUACGAUGCGUAUUGCUGCAAUAUAAUUGGGCUGUGACAAUGGGUAGGACGCUCGUCAAAGGCUUCUUCCCUCCUGCUGUAUUCGAAGAACUUAAAUGCAUCGACGGGGCAUCCUCGGCUCUCGAUCGAGUUGUUGACGAUAUCCAAAUGGCCAGUCAUCAAUCACACUGGUGGGACAACCUCCCGGAUUACCGUAUGCAUUUGUUCUUGAGAGAAGCGACCGAGUAUUCCAUUACAGUCGACCGCCUCCGAGUGACACCAGACAGUAUGGACGAGCUACUCGAACUAAUGCCCCACGUCACUGAUCUCAUUAUCAAAAUCCAAAACUGGCAGCCGGAUGUGUCAGCCGUCGACCCAGAGUAUACAGAUUCCAUUCAACAUUUCAUUGAGGUUUGGAGACAAGGGAUGCUAUGCUAUGCUUACAGUGAUAUAUACGGUCUGGCCUCUAGCCACUACCACAUCCAGGCAUGCGUAGAGGCAUCCAUAGAGCCUUUUAGGAAGUUGACCUGGUUCCAGGCCUGUCUUUUUCCAGUGUUCAUGAUCGCGGUUCAUUGCCAGACUGAUGAAUCUCGGACGUGUUUCGAAACCGGCUUGACUAGAAUGCAUACCUCGUUAGCAUUUCAAGGUCCGUUAUCAAUUACUUUGACUCUAAAGAGAGUGUGGGAGUACUUGGACAAUGAUCAAACGGGGGAAGCGAGAUGGAGAGAUAUUAUCAGAAAUCUGGGCAUGGAAUUGAACAUAUUGCUGUAAAUGGCUUU